CUCUCUGGUGCCCAGAACCUCUUUACAACUCGGGAGAAAAGAAGCACCGCACAGGUUGUUUCUGGAACCGCAGAAGAAGGAAAGAUUCCAGUGUAAAGGAUACUGAAUAUAUUUUUUGGCCUCUUUGUCAGGAGUUCCGGGUUUUUUAGUUAGUUAGUUAGUUUGUUUUUUCUUUCGCCGAGUCUUAUCUUGGCUUCACGUUGGCUUGUCAUGCGUCUUGUCUGCUUCUGUUGGACAUGGUUUUAAACACUCAGCCGUCUGGAUCCUUCAGCUGGGAUGUAGCGGAGAACAGAAACACCUAAACCCGCUUCACUCCCGCCUUUUCAUUAGACCACGGCGACGUUUAUCGAACAUAAAGUCAACUCUGUAAGGCUGGCGUUUAUGGAAACUGAAACACUUCUGUGAAAGACCGCAGACGUUUUUAAUAUUAAUGGUGCGUUGCUUUAUGAUGGUCCUGGUCCGGAGGUCAUAGCUGACCCUUCUUAAUUCCCACCACACCACUGCCCAUCACCCUAAUGAUGACUAUGAGCUCUAUAUCGGACACUUUAGUCCCGCCUGAUCCGUCCAAAUCGGCGUUUUUGGAGUUCGGCGGCCACGGCUACCCCGGACACCAGCAGCACUCCCCCGGCUUGUCCCACAAUCACUACCCGGUCCAUGGUCUUCACGCCGUCGGGCCUUCGCAGCACGAUGGGCCCUUCUCCUCUAGCGCAUCCUCAUAUGGUCGCCCUUUGGGAUACCCGUCCUACCACAACCCCGUGAGCGCGCACCACCCCGGUGCCUACCUGCCCUACCAGCACGGGGGUCACGGCGGCGCGCUUGGGCACACCAGACUGGACGAUGCGGAGCACGAGAAGCCCACAGCGGUGAUAGAGAACGGGGAGGUGAGGCUGAAUGGGAAGGGAAAGAAGAUCAGAAAGCCUCGGACCAUUUACUCCAGCCUGCAGCUCCAGGCACUCAACCAACGGUUUCAGCAAACCCAGUACCUCGCCCUGCCCGAGAGGGCCGACCUGGCAGCCAAACUGGGCCUGACGCAGACCCAGGUGAAAAUCUGGUUCCAAAACAAACGAUCCAAAUACAAAAAGAUCAUGAAGAAUGGACCCUGCGGACCUGAAGGAGAUCACCUCGUCCCUCCUCCGCCACCAUCCUCCUCCUCCUCUCCUUGUUCCCUAUGGGACAUCAGCAUGGCCACCAAAAGUGCACCAGUGCACUCUGGAGGAUACGUGAACAAUUUUGGACACUGGUACCCUGGACACCAGCAGGACUCCAUGCCAAGGACUCAGAUGAUGUGACAGACAAGAGGAAGCAACACUUCCAGAACAAAUGAUGGAUUUAUUCCAGCAAGCUGACUGGAGAUUUUAGGAUCACGAACAUUGUUUAGAGUUUGAGCCCCUCUGGAAGUAAAAAUAGUGUAAAUGGCAGAAACAGACUGCAGUGAACAGAUACUGUAGCUGAGGUCGUCUGGCCUGAAGAAGACAAGAGGAAAAACGCAAAGCUGUAAAGUACACACAGCUACUAAAAUAAUAAUAAUAAAAAACACCUGAUACCAAAUAUUAUUUUGAAUUUACUGUGUGUAGCAUUCACAAAACACUGUAGGUCACUGCUAAUGGCUGUCACAUAUUAGCUGUUUAGCGUAGUUUGAACUGGUGACGUCUGACAUAUUUUGAUUAGAAAUCAACAUAAUGGCUGAGCUGGCACUUGCAGAGUGACUAGGCAUGUGUCAACAGUGCUGAUUGCUUAGUUCUUAUAGGCUGCAGAGCUGUGAACUGAGCAUUGGUGCACUCUGCAGAGAGGAGACAGGUUAGAGAACAAACCCAACACAGCAAAAUCCGUCCCAGGUCAGUAAGUGCUUUUUGUUAACAUGAACUUAUAUUAGCCACUAUAAGCUACUGUUCAUCCCUGACUAUAAGGCUGUAGCAGCAACCACUGAGUGUACUGAAUGGCACAAGUCUUUGUUUUAUUGCUUAUGAUUUCAACUUGUCAUUUGUAAGAGGAAGAGGAAGAGUGUGGGACAUUUUUCGCAUUUGUCUAUCAAAAUCUACAUAAUCUGUCUUUAAAACAGCCAGUCUGCUGAUUCCUGCCUCUAGAGCAGCUCUGCCUGCCAAUGCAUUGUUGAAAGCUACAACCCAGAGUUACUGCCAGCUCUACAGCUCUCAUUUUGG